GCUGUCAGAGAAGGAGAGGGAGGGGUUGAGCAAAAGAGGGGGAAGGAUUUCGACUGGGGGGGGGGGGGAAGAAGUAACAUCCGGGAUCCUCUAAAGAGGUGGGGGGAAAGGGGGCGGGACGGAAUCUGGUAGGGAAAGGGAAAACAUCUGCCGGCGUAGCCGCCUCUAUAGCUGCUUCCCACAGAGGCCAGCCUCGGCCGGGCGCCCCUUUGAGGAGCCGCCUGCCCUGAGGCGCCCUGUCUGACUGUGCGGCGGCGCUCAGGUUUCCUAAAGAGAAGAGAAGAGAAGAGAAGAGAAGAGAAGAGAAGAGAAGAGAAGAGAAGAGAAGAGAAGAGAAGAGAAAAGGAUGGAGGAAUCAGUAAACCAAAUGCAGCCACUGAAUGAGAAACAGGUGACCAAUUCUGCCAGUGGCUAUGUAUGGCAGGUCACAGACAUGAAUCGACUACACCGUUUCUUAUGUUUUGGUUCUGAAGGUGGUACUUACUACAUCAAAGAGCAGAAAUUGGGCCUUGAAAAUGCCAAAGCUUUAAUUAGACUGAUUGAAGAUGGCAAAGGAUGUGAGGUGAUUCAGGAAAUAAAGACUUUUAGUCAAGAAGGGAGAACAGCAAAGCAGGAACCAAUGCUUUUUGCUCUCGCCAUUUGCUCACAGUGUUCUGAUAUAAACACAAAACAAGCAGCAUUUAAAGCAGUUCCUGAAGUUUGUCAAAUACCUACUCACCUCUUCACGUUUAUUCAGUUUAAAAAAGAUCUAAAGGAAAGCAUGAAAUGUGGUAUAUGGGGCCAUGCCCUCAGGAAAGCCAUAGCAGACUGGUAUAAUGGGAAAAGUGGCAUGGCAGUUGCCCUGGCUAUAACAAAAUAUAAACAAAGAAAUGGCUGGUCACACAAAGAUCUCUUAAGAUUGUCUCAUCUUAAACCUUCUAAUGAAGGACUUGCUAUUGUGACCAAGUAUAUUACAAAGGGUUGGAAGGAGGUGCAAGAAGCAUAUAAAGAUAAGGCUGUUUCUCCAGAGACUGAAAAAUUACUGAAAUAUCUGGAAGCUGUGGAGAGAGUGAAGCACACAAAAGAUGAAUUGGAAGUGAUUCAUCUGAUAGAAGAGCAUAAAUUAGUUAGAGAACAUCUUCUGACUAAUCAUCUAAAAUCUAAAGAGGUGUGGAAAGCCUUAUUACAGGAGAUGCCUCUUACUGCAAUGCUGAGGAAUUUAGGGAAGAUGACAGCUAAUUCAGUGCUGGAGCCAGGAAGUUCAGAAGUUUCUUCAGUAUGUGAAAGACUGUGUAAUGAUAAACUUUUAAAAAAGGCUCGUAUACAUCCAUUCCAUGUUUUAGUUGCAUUAAAAACAUAUAAAACAGGACAUGGGCUCCGAGGAAAACUGAAGUGGCUUCCUGAUGAAGACAUUUUGAAAGCAUUGAAUACUGCAUUUUAUAAAACAUUUAAGACAAUCGAGCCAACAGGAAAACGUUUCUUGCUAGCUGUUGAUGUCAGUGGUUCCAUGGACCAAAGAGUUUUGGGAAGUAUACUCAGUGCUAGUACAGUUGCUGCAGCAAUGUGUAUGGUUGUUGCAAGAACAGAAAAAGAUUCUCAUAUAAUUGCAUUUUCACAUGAAAUGGUUCCAUGCCCAGUGACUGUGGAUAUGACUUUAUGUCAAGUAUUGAAAGUUAUGGAUGAGAUUCCAAUGGGUUGUACUGAUUGUUCUCUUCCCAUGAUAUGGGCUCAGAAGACAAACACAGCUGCUGAUGUCUUCAUUGUUUUCACUGAUAAUGAGACCUAUUUUGGAAGUGUCCAUCCUGCUGUCGCUUUGAGGGAUUACCGAAUGAAAAUGGAUAUUCCAGCUAAAUUGAUUGUUUGUGGAAUGACCUCAAAUGGUUUUACCAUUGCAGACCCAGAUGACAGAGGCAUGUUGGAUAUAUGUGGCUUUGACACAGGAGCUCUGGAUGUAAUUAGAAAUUUCACUAUGGAUGUGAUUUAAUCUUCUGGCACCAGCACUUCACUUCAGGUCCAUUGCUGGCAGUGGAUUUUGAUACAAAGACCUAAUUACCAGUUACUUAAUCAACUGAAAAAAUGACAAAUCAGAAAGUUAACCUUUUAUAACUUUUUUUCAAAAGGAAAGUAAGAAACCUAAAAUUACUUUCCUAUCUACUACAUGUAAUUUAAACUGCUAAUAAAUUAAACUCAACCAACAUUUUAUAAAGUACCUACUGCUAAAUUCACUGGAAAAACUUUAUCUUCAUCUUCUGCUUAAAAGAGAAGAAGAAAAAGUUUGCCUCCUGAUGCAUUCACUGAAGAAUACUUUUGCUUUAGAAAGUCAUUAAUACUAUUUAAUAGGUGAGAGCCAAAAAUCGAAGUGGUCCUACAUCAUACUGUGUACCAGCUGUGUUUAAAAUUUUCUGCAUUCUCAUUUGAAAAGAAUAACUUUUAAUGAAACUUCCAUUGUUUGAAUUUAAUUCCAAUUGCUGAAUAUACUCUCUGGGUGCACUAGACCAUGUGACUGUGAUGGAAUAUAAAAAUGAUUUGUAAAGUUUUCUACUUGGGAGGGGGGGUGGGGGGAGGAGCCAGUGGAUCACACCAAGAAACUUGAUGAAGUGAUCAGAGCUACAUUUCACCCUCAAAAAUAAUUUGUGUGAUCUCUUAAGGUCACAUUGUUAGUAGUUUUCAUACAUGUUGAAAAUUAACUUUUAAAAAUUUCUAAUUAGCACUCACAGAAUGCAAGGCAGGUAAUCAGAAAUAAUGGCAAAUUCUUUAGAGGCUUUGUACAAAGUUAUAUUUCAAUAAGGAAUUGUAUUUUAGAGGAGAAAAACACUUGUUACUCUAGUUUAUGAGAACGUUCACAUAUUUACAUUGACUACAAAAAAUUAAUUUAGUUGGUCUUGACAAUUCCAAUAAUCAUCAAAGUUUAACUAUUAAAAUUUAAAAGUAAUCUUCAGAUAUUUAACAUUUUCCUGGGUUUUAAAAAAUGAUUUUCUUAACUAGUAUUAGCUAAUUGCAUUUUAAAUAACCUACAAUGUGUAAAAUAGCUAGUAAUCUCCUAUUGCCAGAUAUUCUUUUUGUGGCAACACAAAUGUAGUAAAUUGUUUUCUGAUCUUAGAAAAUAUUUGAUGAAAGAUAAGCAUAAAGGUGAUGUUUAAAUGUUUUGCAAAGGACUUUAUGGCCAAUCAUUGUUUAUGAAUAAAGCAAUAGGUUAUCACUGUCAUCUUCAGGGAAAUUUUUUUUAAAUUGAGUAACUAAAAUUUAUAUUUAGUACACCAAAGUGUGCUAAAGAAUAAUCUUGAUAGGAAAUUUUCCUUCAUCUUAAAUUAACUAUUGAAGUUCUCAACAUUAUUGUUCAUAAUUUUAAGAUUAUUCCAAGAGUAGUCUCAGUGUUAAAACUUUAAUUUUUCAUUUUUUAAUUAAUGUGCAAGAAAUAAAACUAGCAAAUAUAGAUCUUAAUUUUCCAAUUAGCCAUUAGAUUUGUAUGUGUUUGGUGGGAUCAAACAGCAUUAUUGUAGUAUAUAUUUUUUCUCCUAGUUUUUAGAAAAUUUUUUUCAAAACAGUAAUUUUAGAGCCAUGAUAAAGCUAUUAUUAUAGCAACCAUGACUUAAGAUGGUCUGACAGCAAUUUUAAACACUUCCUGCAAUUUUGCAAGGGUCAAACAUAUUUCUUAAAUACUUUAUGAUUCCAUUGGUAUGAGUACUCUCUCCACCAAAAUAGAUUACAGUCUAUCAGUUAAUUACCAGGCAGAGUCUGAGAGAAUGGCUAAAAAAAAUCAUCUUCCUUGCUACAACCAGCCUGGUGAUGAGUCUAUCUGCAUUUAGUUAAGCUGGUCCUUAGAUAGGGCAUCACCAGGCAUCUAAAAGCCUUUCUAGAUUGGUAGAACCUGUCAGACUUUGUCUUCCUAGAUUGUGAGAAUAUAGGCCAUAUUUUUAGUAAAUCAAGCUGUUACCGGAAAACCUCCUUCUCAAAAUGCAUUGCUACUUUUUAUACUUCUGACAUCAUAACUCUUAAGAUAUAUUUCUAAAGUAUUUGGGGUUUUUAGCCUUCUGUCUGAUUUUAAGUGAUUACAUAUUAGAUGUUUUUGAUACCUAAGACUUCAUUCUAUCCAGAUAGGAUUUAAAGAACAUUUGAUAGAUGUAAUUAGUUUUUCUUUUUUUUAACCCCUGUCUCCUGUCUUAGAAUUAAUACUGUGUAUUGGUUCUAAGGUAGGAGAGUGGCAAGGGCUAGGCAAUGGGGGUUAAAAGUAACUUGCCUAGGGUCACACAUCUAGGAAGUGCAGAGGCAGGAUAUGAACCUAGGACUUCCAGUUUCCUGGCUUGGUGCUCUGUCCACAGGGCCACUUAGCUGCCCCCUGUAAUUAGUUAUUAGAAUUACUUUAUAAGUAUAGCUCCCUAAGCUGAAAAGCUAGAAAUACAGGAUGACUUUACUCCUUAUAGAGAUGUCAAUGACAUGAGGUAUAAAAAAAAAAAGAUCUUAUUUCUAAUGUAAAAUGUUUUUUUUUUAGUAUCUGAGUAUCUUAAAGAAUUAUUUAAACUCAUUCAGUGAAAUAAUUUGUGACCCUGGGAAAUAUUUACAUCAGUCUAAAGUGAUUAAAUUAUAGAGAUCAUGACAUAGAGAAUAUUUUUUUUUAAGAGAACCAGUCUUUCCAGAAAAUUCAUUUAAGCUGAUUUUAAAACCUUGGGGGGAGGGGGCUUCCUAGUGACAGUCAAGUUGUUUUUUGGUGGAAACUAUCACUUCGAUUAGUGUUUUAAAAGAGGGGGAAAGAGAAAGUGGUUGUGUGUUGAUAAAUCUGUAGCCAAUAUUAAACAGCCAUGUUAUUCUUACAAUUUCCUAACAAUUCAUGUUGGCAAUUUGGGACUUGAAUGUGUUUAUAGGAAUAACAAGAUCCUGUUAACUUUACCUCACUGUAAUAAAGAUACUAAGGCACAAAUUCUAUUUUUAAUAAUUUUAACUUUACUUCAAUUAGGAGAAAAAAUGAUAUUUUUACCAUCUUAAAUACUAUAUUGCCUAGGGUACUAAAUAAAUACUCCCAUGAAAAGCAAACAUAAUCUAUCAAAAUAAGAGGCUGGAGAAGUAGUCUUGGAAAAACAAAGACAGGAACUUGAUAGCCAUCUAAAAAUGUAUUUAGAAUUGUCAUAUGGUAAAGGGAUGUAAAACUUGUUUUGCUUAGUCUUAGGACAAACCUGGGAACCAAUAAGAAAGCUGCAAAAAGACAAAUUUAGGUUUAAGGAAAAAGUUGUUGACAUCCUUCCCAGUGAAGUAGGACCCCAUGCCAGCCUCCAACAAAAGGUUUUCAAGCCUAGUGGAUGGACCACUGUUUUAUAGCAGAAUUUUUUUCAGAUAGGAACUCUAUUAUAUACAAAGCCAUAUAAUAAAAAUUUAGUGCUAGAAUGAACUAGAAAGAGUUCUAGUCCAAAUUCUUCUGCCUCUUUAAUUUAUAGACAAGUUAAUAGGUACAGAAGUUAAGUAAUUUGUCCCUUGCAUCACUGAGAUAGUUUAAUUAUUCUUUAUUAGGUUUUUGUUAACCCUACCUAUAGGGUGGUUAGGCAGGUCAUGACAGUUUUAUUUCAUUAUUUUAUAAUACUUAGAUAUGUAAUUUAGGGGGUUUUUUGUGUGUGAACACAAUAAGUGUUUUGAUUUAAUGGUAUUAGAUAAUUUUGUUUAGUAACUACAACACUUGUUAAUUUUUGUUAUAUAAAUUCUGGCACUUAAAAUAGUCUGUGUUCUCCUUUUGAAAUUUAUGGGCAGUGUACUUUGAAAACCACUUUCCUUAAACAGGCCUUUUGAAAAAUAAGAAAUGAAAUAGAAAAAUGUCAUAAAAGUUCUGUACUGUCAUAUAGGUGAGCAUUGGCUAACAAAUCAUUUUUAUAUGCCAACUACUGGGAUUGGGGUGGAAGCAUAAAAAUAAAAUGCCCAAUCUACUCAACUAGAAUCAAGGACUCAAAUUUUGAUUGAGGAACAGUCCAUCAGAAAAUACUUCUUUGAUCUUUUGAUUUUAAAUUUUAAUCUUUAAACUGCAAGUUAUUUUGAGGAACUUUAAUCUUUAUUUCAUAUAGUUUGGGCAGUGAUUAAAUCAGAAAAAUUAUGCAAAAUUUAGAAGGAAUCAUGUGGUUCUUUAUCUUUGGAUGAAGGACCCAGGUUUUUAAAUUAAGUUUAGGAUCUGACAGUGAAUAUAAAUAUAAAAAUAUUUUAAAAGUAAAAAUUGUCACCUCUAGUAGAAUUUGAAUAUAGCUUAAGUUAUAGCUAAUGCCCCUUAAACAUACCACUAUAUCUUAGCAAACUAGUGAAAAGACACUGUGUUCAACGUUUUCAUGACAUAUUUUUGUUAAAGGGUAUUGUGAAUACAAAAAUGUAUUAUCAGUUUAAAAUUUGUAAAUUUAAAGAAAAAGUUUAAACCAUAUUAAUAAUAACUUUGUAUUAUUAUUGUACAUACUUCUAGUCUUUGGUGACUAAGAAAUCUUUCCUACCUUUCAUCUUUUCUACCUCUUAGUGAUAGUCCUCUCUUUAUCUUAAUACCAGUUCCCAUUCCCACCCUCUUAUUUUAAAAAAAUGUAACAUUUCCCUUGUGAUAUAUUGUUCCAACCCUGCUCUAGUAGGGUUAUGCACAAUUAUAAUGUAGUACAUGAGGAUCAGAAAGUAAAUUAAUUUUAUUUUUAGCAAGCUUAUUAUAAGUUUUAUUUUAUAGGACUAUUUAAAUGCCUUAAAAUGCAAAAUAUUAACAUUUAGUUUUAUACUGGCAAUCUCUGAACAAUGUGCAAAUCUACUGGAGAAAACCUGGACUAAUAUAUUCUAUCCCUAAAUCAAAUUAUGAUAGCAUUUCAUUGCAUAGUGUAAGUUAAUAGCUUCCCAGAAUUUCUUAAAAUCAAGUCAUCUUGGAAAAAAAGUAGAAGCAAUCCUCUAAGAACAUUACUCUGCCCCAGAAAUGAACUUACAUGAAUAAUUCUUUAAGUGGCAUUUAUAAAUUGUGUUCGUCAUUAUUAAGAUCUUUCAAUAAAAACCUGCAUAAAUAGCCAGUACUUGGAAAUCUUCCUAUCCUAAAAAUCUCAGCAAGCUCAUGUUGUAUACUUUAGGGCAUGAGAAAAAUCACAUAAGCAAACAUCUUCCUAUUUCCAAAUCAUUUUAAUUUUUUCCUGAAAAGAUACUGUCAUAAUCAUGUGUGGCUUUUCAUGGUAAACUGAUAUGGGAACAAGGGAAUAGUUAACUGUACUUUUUGGAUAAAUGUGUAAUAAAAUACUUUUUACUGAACACUAAAAACAUAUAAGUUAUGGAAAGUUAGGUUGGGAAAUUUGUAACAGGGUUAUGAGCUAAUCCUCUGAAAUUGAGGUGUAAGCUAUUGUUUCUCAUACUACAGAGAAGAUAAGCUUUUCCUCUGCUUCCUCAAAUGGAGUCUCAUCUCUGCUCAAAACCUAUAUCAAAAUAACUUGAGUAACCAAACACACAAAAAUACAUCAAUCAUAUAGUUUUUUUAAAAGUUAACACUAUUGUUUGAUUAUUCAGGGUAGUGGGGGUUGAUAACUGAUAAAAGUCACACAUAAUUGUUGGAAUAUGCAAGUUAAAUACUAAUUCAAAGCAUUUAUUAAAGUUUUUAAAUGAAAACAA